ACAAACCACCAACUCCUCACCAAACCAAAGCAAUUGCCAAUUAAUUCGAUCACUAAUCCAUCUCCUCUGCCGAACAAGCUAAUUAACGAGCUCUCUUCGUCUUCCUCCUCUCCGGCCGAUCUGCCAAUUAAGCUAGCUUCCAGAUUGUCUUCUAUCUCGACAUGGGCAGCAUCGACACUAACCCCACGGCCUUCUCCGCAUUCCCCGACGACGACAAGUCGUUCCAGCCACUCAACCCGGAAGAUGUCCGUGCUUAUCUCCACAAGGCCGUGGAUUUCGUCUCCGACUACUACACCAAUGUCGAGUCCAUGCCGGUGCUCCCCAACGUCAAGCCGGGGUACCUUCAGGACGAGCUCAGCGCCUCUCCGCCAACUUACUCGGCUCCCUUCGACGUCACCAUGAAGGAGCUCCGGACCUCUGUUGUCCCCGGAAUGACGCAUUGGGCCAGCCCCAACUUCUUUGCGUUUUUUCCGUCGACAAACAGCGCCGCCGCCAUCGCCGGUGACCUCAUCGCCUCCGCCAUGAACACUGUUGGGUUCACGUGGCAGGCGGCUCCGGCCGCCACGGAGAUGGAGGUGCUCGCGCUUGACUGGCUCGCACAGCUCCUUCACCUGCCGACCACGUUCAUGAACCGUACAAGCUCGGGGCGUGGUACCGGCGGUGGCGUCAUCCUCGGCACGACGAGUGAAGCCAUGCUUGUCACGCUAGUCGCCGCCCGUGAUGCCGCUCUACGCCGGAGUGGCUCCGUCGGCGUCUCGGGCCUGCCUAAAUUGGCGGUCUACGCCGCCGAUCAGACCCACUCCACAUUCUUCAAGGCGUGCCGGCUAGCCGGCUUUGACCCUGCCCACAUCCGCUCCAUCCCCACUGGGCCUGAGACCAACUAUGGUCUCGACCCGGCGAAGCUUCUCGAGGUCAUGCAGGCCGAUGUCGCUGCCGGCCUCGUGCCAACAUAUGUUUGUGCAACCGUCGGCACCACCUCCUCCAACGCCGUCGACCCCGUGGGCGCCGUUGCCGAUGUUGCCGCCAUGUUCAACGCAUGGGUACACGUUGAUGCCGCCUAUGCCGGCAGCGCUUGCAUCUGCCCAGAGUUCAGGCACCAUCUUGAUGGUGUGGAGCGUGUGGACUCCAUCAGCAUGAGCCCACACAAGUGGCUUCUCACCUGCUUGGACUGCACGUGCCUCUACGUGCGUGACGCUCACCGCCUGAGCGACUCACUGGAGACGAACCCCGAGUACCUCAAGAAUGAUGUCACUGACUCCGGCGAGGUCACUGACCUCAAGGACAUGCAGGUCGGUGUGGGACGGCGCUUCCGUGGGCUCAAGCUUUGGAUGGUCAUGCGCACUUACGGCACCGCCAAGCUUCAGGAGCACAUCCGCAGCGAUGUUGCCAUGGCCAAGAUUUUCGAGGACCUCGUCCGUGCCGAUGACCGGUUCGAGAUCGUGGUGCCGAGGAACUUUGCUCUGGUGUGCUUUAGGAUAAAGGCAAGUGGAUCCAUGACAGAGAAGGAUGCUGAUGAGGCCAACCGCUUGCUCAUGGAGAGCCUGAACAAGACCGGCAAGGCGUACCUUGCACAUACGGUGAUCGGCGAGAGGUUCGUGCUUCGGUUCGCAGUGGGGUCAUCGCUCCAGGAAGAGAGGCACGUAACAAGCGCAUGGGAACUCAUCAAGAAGACAACUAGCGAGAUGCUCGAUUAAUCGGAGGGGUCAAUGGAGUAGAAACCAUAUUGCAAAACAGACACAGAUAUACACCCUGGAUUUAGGGUACACAUGUUCCUAAUUUAAUUUUUGAUUUUUUGUGCUUGAGCACCUAUUCAUUUUGUGAGCUAUAUAUACAGAGGGUUUUGUUUAUGCCCACAAUAUUUGUUUGACAACAAAAGGACUCUAGUUGCGUGAUCUAAGCUAUGAAUUUCAUUAUUUUUCAA